GCACAGAGUUCUACUUUGGCUUUAGUUUUUCCAUCACUUCUGGGCACCGGAAACAUCUAUACGCAUCUGUAAUCUUCUGCUUUCUUUUCCAGGCUCCUGAAGUCCCAGGAGAAUGAAUCAACCAAAUGGAGAGCAACCAAAUCAGUCUCAUUCUCUCUUUGAUGCCUUUCUGCAUGCCAAGCAGUGCAAAGAAGUCUUGAGCAGAUUUGAAGAGCUGUGCAGUUAUUUGAAUCUGGAACACACUGGCCAGAUCCAUUUCUAUCACAAGCUCAAGUCUUCUCUCAAUUAUUGGAGUGCUAAAGCUUUGUGGACCAAAUUGGACAAGAAGGCUGGACACAGAGACUAUGACCAGGCGAGAGCAUGUUCAAACACUAAGUGCCUGAUCAUUGGGGCAGGGCCCUGUGGUCUUCGCUCAGCUAUUGAAUUGGCUUUCCUUGGAGCACAUGUUGUGGUGGUAGAGAAGAGAGAGAUCUUUUCCCGAAACAAUGUGCUGCACCUUUGGCCUUUCACUAUCCAGGACCUGCGGGCACUUGGAGCCAAGAAAUUCUAUGGCCGUUUCUGUACUGGCUCCUUGGAUCACAUCAGUAUCCGUCAGCUGCAGUUGAUCCUGCUGAAAGUAGCCUUGUUGUUAGGUGUUCAUGUUCACAUCGGUGUACAAUUUAAGGGGCUCAUUCUACCAGUAGUGAACUCUCAUGGACAGGUCCGUGGUUGGAGAGCUGAUCUGCAGCCUGGCUCCUCUCCCUUGAGCCAGUAUGAGUUUGAUGUCCUCAUCUCUGCUGGUGGUGGAAGGUUUGUGCCAGAAGGCUUUAAGAGGAAGGAGACACGAGGGAAAUUGGCUAUUGGCAUUACCACCAAUUUUAUAAAUAACCAUAGCAGAACUGAGGUGGAGGUGGCUGAGAUAAGUGGAGUGGCUCGCAUAUACAACCAGAAGUUCUUCCAAAACCUCUACAACAAAACAGGUAUUGAUUUGGAAAACAUUGUCUACUAUAAAGACGACACUCAUUACUUCGUCAUGACAGCCAAGAAGCAUAGCUUGCUAAAGAAAGGAGUCAUCUUAAAUGAUAAGCUUGACAUAGAGAGUUUACUCUCUCCGGAAAAUGUGAACCAGGAAGCCCUUCUCGCUUAUGCCAGAGAGGCUGCCAACUUCUCCACCAACUACCAGCUGCCCAGUUUGCAAUUUGCACUAAACCAUCGCCAUCAUCCUGAUGUUGACAUGUUUGACUUCACCUGCAUGAACCGUGCAGAAAAUGCAGCUUUGGUGCGUGACUGCAAUGGUGCUAAGCUGCUCAUCGGGUUGGUGGGUGACUGCUUGGUGGAGCCAUUCUGGCCCUUGGGCACUGGUGUGGGCAGAGGUUUCUUGGCAGCUUUUGAUGCUGCUUGGAUGGUAAAAAGAUGGGCCUCAGGAGUAUCCCCACUGGAUUUGUUGGCUGAGAGAGAAAGUAUAUAUCAGCGGCUGUCACAGACUUCACCUGACAACAUGAACAAGAACGUUAAUCAGUACAGCGUUGAUCCCACCACACGAUACUCAAACAUCAACCUUCAGGCAAUCAAGACCUCUCAGGUUCGUAAACUAUACAUUACGGGAGACAUUGAAAUGGAGCAGAACAAGCGAAGAAGUCAUGCCAGCCCAGAGUCAGUCGGCAAAGAUACCAGUAGAGCCUAUGAGGAGCUUCUUAAUUGGUGUCAAUCAAACACAGCCAGUUACCAUGGCAUCAAGGUGGAAGACUUCACACACUCCUGGAAAAGUGGAUUGGCUCUUUGUGCCCUCAUACAUCACUUUCGCCCAGAUCUUCUGGACUUCAAUUCAUUGGACCCAAAUGACCCUAUUGGGAACAACCAACUGGCUUUAGAUGUGGCUGAACAGGAGCUAGGCAUUUCUCCAGUCCUCUCCAGCACUGAAAUGGCUUCACUGUCUAAUGAUGAACAGCUUGGCUUGAUCACUUACUUGAGCCAAUUUUAUGAUGCCUUCAAGACUGCUCCAGAAUGGAAGGAGAAAACAGAGAAGCCUCUUAUCCCAUGUGGCACCAAAAGCGCUAUCCUCUUUCUUAGCAAGCUACAGAAGACGUUAUCUCUCUCACGUAAACGGAACUUGGAAAGUUCUACCUGGGAUGCGGAAUCCAAGAAGUUAAAGCAAGAGGCUGGGACUUCACCUGUCUCUCGGAUGAGGAGCAGUGAUGCCUGCUAUUUCUGUGGAGAUCGUGUCUAUAUCCUGGAGCGGGUCAGUGCUGAAGGGUGCUUCUUCCAUCGAGGCUGCUUCAAAUGCCAUUACUGUAAAAUAACACUGCGACUGGGAGAUUUUGUCUUCAAUGAAGAUGAUGGCAACUUCUAUUGCAGUUUGCAUUCCUGGGUCUCAUCAGACAUGACUGCCCCCAGCAAAGCUUCCUUCAAAGAAGCAUAUGAGGAUUCACCUUAUCUGAGCAAUCCACCAGACAAAGACAUUUUAGACUUGACUACUGAAGAAGAGAGGAUGGUAAAAAAUUCCAAUUGGCAAAGCCUGGAUGAGAAUAUGUCUCCCAUUGUAGAUCAGCUGCCAGAACGUCAGCCUGAAUCACUUCAGAAACAAGUUAGUGAAGGCCCCAGCCUAUUCCCAUCAAAAAAGGAAGGUGCUGAUACAAUAAGCUCCUCACGGCGUCCACAUCAACAGUCCUCUCUUAUGGGAGUUGGGGAGCUGAGUGACUCUGUUCCUAAGGCUGAUUCAGCUUUUCAGAUUGAUGGAAGCAGAAGAUCACCUGAAAACAUGGCACAGGACCGAAAAAAGUGGAGUGAUCACUCUAAGGGAGAGCCUUGUCUCAAUCUUCUUUCACAAGGGCCAAGAAUUGGUCUUACUAUUUCUGGAGAAGGUUCAAACCCCAGACUAGAGCAAAUCCAAUGUGAAAUCACCCAGAAGAAAAAGAUUCGCUUGUCGGACUUGGAAAAGCUUGAAUUAUCCAGACUGAGUCUAAUUUCAAACCCGUUUGAUGUUUCUCAUACGGGGCUGGGAGAAUCCAGCUUCAGCAGAGAAUCAGAUUUUCUGGAGGUUGCCAGUGACAGUGACAGUGACAGUGAAGAGGAGGAAGAUGAAGAAAAAGGGAGCUUAGAUCUUGGGACAGACAUGCAUUUUCUCAGCUUCACUGAAGACACUCAGUAUCCAACUUGGAAGAAGACACUGGUGCGACGUGCUAAAGAGGCCGAAAUGAAGAGGUUUUGUAAAGCUCAGGCCAUCCAGAGGCGGUUAGAAGAGAUUGAAGUGACUUUUCGGGAGCUUGAGAAACAGGGCGUCAAGGUGGAACAAUCUCUGCGAGAAGAGGCAGGAACAGAGUCUGAACUGAAGAAACAGUGGGUGAACCAAUUGCUCACAUUGAUUCAAAAGAAGAACAGCUUGAUGUCUGAAGAGUCUGACCUCAUGAUUGAUGUGCAAGAGCUGACGCUAGAGGAGCAGCAGUGCCAGCUGGAUCAAGAACUACGCCGCUACUAUAAUAUGGAUGAUUCUUUGAAAACGUCUGAGGACUGUGAGGCAGAGAAGACGAUCCUGUCCCAACUGCUUGCAGUUGUGAAUCAACGCAGUGCUCUGAUCGAGAUGCAAGAGAGGAAGAGGCUCAAUGAGCUUUCUGAGCAUGUUCCAAUGAUGGAAAACGCCUAGAAUAUUUGAGAUCAGGUUUACCCGGUGGAUACAUUUGCUGAAUGCCCUUCAUAUUUGGCAAGACAUUCUGUUUUGGCAAAAAAACACCACUUGGAAAAGGAACUUAGCUGCUGUUUUAUACUCUGUGACAGCUUAGCAGUAGCUUUCCUGCUGUAAGUGUGGAAAUAUGCUCAUUAUGAGAUGAACAAUAUGCUCAGACCGACCCUGAAGCCCUGAAGUGGUUCAUGCGCUUAGAUAUCUGUCCAUGUUUCAAUUAUUUUGAAUACCACCAGAGGAAGUCCCAAAAUUGAGAGUUUAUGCAAAGUUUCCCCUUGACGGUUAGUGCCUGAUGAUGGUUCUAGGUGGAGCUAAACAAGCCUGAUCUUGUUGCAACUUGAUGCAUAUGAUGCAACUACGUUUUAAGUGUUUUAGGAAAUAAUAAGGAAACUAUGUAGAACUGCUUUUAAUUGUUUGCAGAUACAACUGCUGAAGGCUUUAAGAAAGCAGCCUAUUUGCAGCAUUUGGAGGGAAAAUAAUAUUCAGAAGAUGUACUGUACGUAUUAUUUAGCGACAAUUGUAUAUAUUUGCAGUUAGCAAGCUCCCCUUUGACACAGGGCCUCAUCCAACAGAAAACAUUUCUUUCACUCUGCUGCUGCAGGUGACCAUGUUUGUGAUCAUUCUAGAUGUGGUAAAUUAGGAGGGGCUGUAUGGUUUAAGCGGAGAAAACAUUUUACAAUGUUCUAAAAGCAAAAAAGCAUGAUGCUUUCAUGAAGAUCAGAGGAGCCUACAAACUGUCCAGAGUUGUAUUCUAGAGGAGGAAGAUUAGUUAAAAUCUCUUGAAGGAUACACAGAAUCAACAGAGUAUUUUAGAGGAAAGAAAUAGAUGCCCUACAAUAAAAAUUAAAAAUGCCAUCAUCUAAGGGCGUCUUGUCAUAAUAAAUGUCCAAGGAGAAAUAUACCUCUCUUGCAUUAUUUCUCCAUGUAUGUACAAGCAUAACAGAUGCUGUAGGACAAGCUCUUGAAGCUGGACAAACACGGUUGGAAAAUGUAUGCUCUUCCUGCAAAAUAAACGAUGAAUGUGGAUGCA